GCGGCGGCCAUCUUGUCACCUCAGCGAAAGGGCGCGCGUGUGUGUGUAGGCGGCGGAAAAACAGUCGGUACGCGGCGAGCGUGUGGCCCCCUGAGCCGCCCCUCCGUUUGUUCAGCAGUCCGGCUGUGAUGGCGGCGGCGGCGGCCCCCGCGGUGAGCCGGUGUCUGGGCGGUCUGCAGGUUUUGGCUUGGCAACGUGGCUGCACGUGGAGGAGGAGUAUUCAGACGACAGCAGUUUGUCUCAAGAACCGAGCUGCCAGAGUUCGUGUUGGCAAAGGUGAUAAACCAGUUACUUACGAGCAAGCGAAUCCACCACAUUACAUUGCUCACCGCAAAGGUUGGCUCUCCCAGCACACCGGUAACCUGGAUGGUGAACUUGGGACAGCGGAGAGGACGAUAGAGGAUGUUUUUAUCCGUAAGUUUAUAUACGGGACGUUCCAUGGCUGUCUCGCCAAUGAAAUCGUGAUCAAGAGACGAGCGAACCUGGUGUUGAUCUGCGCGGUGUUUGUGCAGAAGCUGCCACCGCAGAAGUUCUACUUUCUAAUUGGUUACACCGAGGCUCUGCUCACCUUCCUGUACAAGUGCCCGGUCAAGAUGCAGGUGCAGACUGUGGACAAGAAAGUGAUUUACAAAUACCUGUGACUGCAGACUCGCCCGGUGAAAGGACAAAACACUAAUUUUUGUGUGUGUACAGGACUUUCGACUCCCACUCUGAGUUAACGAGGAGUUUUAUUUUUUUAUCGGGGCCACAGUUCAGUUUCGUCUCAAAACACGAAAGGUAGGCAUUGCAGGUUCGAGUCCGGCUCCGACGAUUGCAAACCAGAUCCCCUUGGACCUGAUUGAUGUCCAGGCCAUUUUGGAGAGACACAAUUACCCGACCACCUGCCUCCCAUUGCAGUGAUGUGAGCCAAGUGAAUGCCAUCAGGUGUGACCGGGGCAGCACUUUGAAUGGUGAAAACUUGUAAAAAUGCUGGAAUUAUUUAUUGUUCAGGAAUGAAUAAAUACAGUACAGGCAAA